AUGGCGGCCGCCGCCGCCGCGCCCCUCCUUCUCCUGCUCCUGCUCCCGCUCGCCGCGGCGGACGCCGUGAACGACGACGUGCUCGCGCUGGUGGUCUUCAAGUCCGGGGUGUCCGACCCGGAGGGCCGCCUCGCGCCGUGGUCCGAGGACGCCGACCGCGCCUGCGCCUGGCCGGGGGUCUCGUGCGACGCGCGCACGGGGCGCGUCGACGCGCUCGCGCUCCCGGCCGCGGGGCUCUCCGGCAGGCUGCCGCGCUCCGCGCUGCUCCGCCUCGACGCGCUCCUCUCCCUCGCGCUCCCCGGGAACGGCCUCUCCGGCCCGCUACCCGACGCGCUGCCCCCGCGGGUCCGCGCGCUCGACCUCUCCGCCAACGCGCUCUCCGGCUGCCUCCCCGCCGCCCUCGCCUCCUGCGGCUCCCUCGUCUCGCUCAACCUCUCCGGCAACCUCCUCUCGGGCCCUGUCCCCGAUGGCAUCUGGUCUCUCCCCUCGCUCCGCUCGCUGGACCUCUCCGGCAACCAGCUCUCCGGAAGCGUGCCCGGGGGCUUCCCACGGAGCAGCUCGUUGCGCGUGCUGGAUUUGAGCCGCAACCGUCUCGAAGGGGAGAUUCCGGCGGACGUCGGCGAGGCCGGGCUGCUCAAAUCGUUGGAUGUCGGGCAUAACCUGUUCACCGGCGGGCUGCCGGAGUCGCUACGUCGGCUCUCCGGGCUGAGCUCUCUUGGAGCGGGCGGCAAUGCGCUUGCUGGCGAGCUCCCGGCGUGGAUCGGGGAGAUGGCGGCGCUGGAGAGGCUAGAUUUGUCCGGCAACCGCUUCGUCGGCAGUAUCCCGGACGGCAUUUCGGGGUGCAAGAACCUGGUCGAGAUCGACCUCAGCCGGAACGCGCUCACCGGGGAGCUCCCGUGGUGGGUGUUCGGCCUGGCUCUGCAGCGUGUCUCCCUCGCCGGCAAUGCGCUUUCCGGCUGGGUCAAAGCUCCCAGUGACAAUGCCUCGGCGCUACAAGGACUAGACUUGUCAGGCAAUGCCUUCUCCGGCGUGAUCCCGCCAGAGAUUGCAAGCCUUUCCAAGUUGCAGCAUCUAAACUUGUCCUCAAACACCAUGUCGGGGCAGCUUCCGGUGAGCAUUGGACGAAUGGCAUUGUUGGAGGUGAUAGAUGUUAGCAGAAACCAGUUCAGUGGAGGCGUCCCGCCGGAGAUUGGAGGUGCAGUCGCGCUCCGGAAAUUGCUGAUGGGGAGUAAUUCACUCGCUGGCAUCAUUCCAGAGCAGAUUGGGAAUUGCAGAUCACUGAUUGCGCUGGAUCUAUCUCAGAACAAGCUUACAGGGCCUAUUCCUGCAACCAUAGGCAACCUCACCAGUCUCCAAAUGGUUGAUUUCUCGGAGAAUAAGCUGAAUGGGACUCUUCCAGUGGAGCUCUCUAAACUCACAAGCCUUCGUGUCUUCAAUGUCUCGCACAAUCUGCUAUCAGGAAACCUCCCUAUCAGUCAUUUUUUUGAUAACAUCCCUGAUUCUUUCAUCUUGGACAAUGCUGGACUUUGCAGUUCACAGAGAGACAAUUCCUGCAGCGGAAUCAUGCCAAAGCCAAUUGUUUUUAACCCCAACGCCUCAUCGGAUCCCAUCUCAGAGGUUUCCCCAGGUGCCCCCAGCAGCCAGCACCACAAGAAGAUCAUAUUGAGCAUAUCUACACUGAUUGCCAUUGUGGGUGGGGCGUUGAUUGUUGUUGGCGUGGUAACCAUCACAGUGCUCAACCGUCGUGUCCGCACUGCAGCCUCCCACUCUGCUGUUCCCACUGCACUAUCUGAUGAUUAUGAUAGCCAAUCCCCAGAGAAUGAAGCCAAUCCUGGCAAGCUUGUCAUGUUUGGCAGGGGCAGCCCAGAUUUCAGUGCAGGUGGGCAUGCUUUGCUGAACAAGGAUUGCGAACUUGGGCGAGGAGGCUUUGGUACGGUCUACAAGGCAGUUCUAAGAGAUGGCCAGCCUGUGGCCAUCAAGAAGCUGACAGUGUCAAGCUUGGUCAAGUCAGAGGAUGACUUCAGGCGGCAGGUUAAGCUUCUAGGCAAGGUGCAGCACCAUAAUAUUGUGACCCUCAGAGGCUUCUACUGGACUUCCUCACUGCAGCUCCUCAUCUAUGACUUUGUGCCUGGCGGCAACUUGUAUCAGCACCUGCAUGAGUGCUCAGCAGAGAGAUCGGCUUCAUGGAUGGAAAGGUUUGGCAUAGUCAUUGGUGUAGCCCGUGCGCUUGCGCACCUGCACCGCCAUGGGAUAAUCCACUACAACCUGAAGUCAAGCAAUGUCUUGCUAGAUAGUAAUGGUGAGCCGAGGGUUGGUGACUAUGGUCUCGUGAAGCUGCUGCCUAUGCUCGAUCGCUACGUUCUGAGCAGCAAGAUACAGAGCGCGCUAGGGUACAUGGCACCAGAGUUCACAUGCAGGACUGUCAAUGUCACAGAGAAGUGCGACGUCUAUGGUUUCGGGGUGCUAAUUCUUGAGAUUUUGACAGGCAGGAGGCCAGUUGAGUACUUAGAAGACGAUGUCAUCGUGCUGUCCGAUGUGGUCAGAGCUGCACUUGACGAAGGCAGGGUGGAGGACUGCCUGGAUCGGCGGCUGUCAGGUGAAUUCUCCAUGGAAGAGGCCAUGUUGAUCAUCAAGCUGGGCCUUGUUUGCACGUCUCAGGUGCCCUCACACCGGCCAGACAUGGGUGAGGUAGUCAGUAUGCUCGAGAUGGUGAGGAGCUCUCAGGGCACCCCAGAAGAUGAACUGGUCUGAAAUCUAUUUAUUGGUUCGAUUUUGUUUCUUCGUUAGUUCAAAAAGUCUUUUUGAUAGGCAGAUUGUCGUCAUGAUAUGGGAUGACUGCAAAGACCAAAGAAUGUUAGGAGCUGGCUUGUGAUUUAGUCUGCUUGCGAUUUUUCAGGGCUUUGAAGCUGUUGCUUCGGAUCAGUUCUUGGUCCCUUUUCGAAAAUCA